GAAAAACCACAAAAUACUUUUUGAAGAUAAAAAGAAUAAAUUUCGACCUAGUCAGCAAAUUAUGUUUAGUGGAGUUCCGUUUAUAAUUGUUGGUUCGAAACAUCUUGAUUGUACUCAUGGAGUCAAUCAUACUAUAUCGCGGAAAAUGAGAAAUCAAGCAGAAAAACUGAAGGCAAAAGAUACUGUUAAUAGUGCCACAAUGUAUGCUAAAAGUAGUUUUUUAUCCCAAGAUACAAAGAAAAUGAACUGCCCUGCAAAAAUUACAAUAAGUGAUGUGGUUUAUUUUCCAGAUUUUAAAGCAGAAGCAAACACUGAAUGCCGAAAGCGUACUGUCGCUGAAAAACUGAAGGAGGACUGGAGCAACAAAAAAGAAACAUUUAAUUUUGAUAGAAAAAUUGUUGUUACUUUCCCCUUAGAAGACGAACACAAAGGUCAUUUAGUUGGAAAAGUAAUUUUUUUUUUUUCUGAAAUUUUAAACAAAAUCUUUAAAAAGUCAAAUAUGGUUACCAACCCUCAGAUUUAGUUUCAGCACUCUGCAAUGCUGAACUAUCUGCUGAUCUGACUUCAACCUCUUUUGUUGACCUUGUUUCUAUAUUAUUGUAUUUUGUGCCUUCCAGAAGACCACCAAAAAUAGUUUAAUGUUAAUAAUACAUUGCGACCUUCUUUUUCUUAAAUCUGAAAG